GAGCCAACACCAAAGGAGCCAACACCAAAGGAGCCAACACCAAAGGAGCCAACACCAAAGGAGCCAACACCAAAGGAGCUAACAUCAAAGGAAUUAAUACUAAAGGAGCCAACUCUAAAGCUAACUCUAAAGGUUCGGUAACCGCUACAACAACAAUAUUUACCAUCAUUUAUUUUACUGAUUUAGGUUUUUUUACUGAUCUCCCUAAUUCAGGUUCUACUUCCACUGACACCAUUGGUCUAGAUCCAACUACCACUGAUUUCAGUUCUUCCACUGAUCUCCCUACUACAACUGAUAUUACUAAUUCAGAUUCUACCACCACUGAUUUUACCGAUUCAAGUUCUCCUACUGGCACCUUUACUACUGAUACCACUGGUUUAGAUCCAACCAUUACUGAUUUCAGUUCUUCUACUGAUCUCCCUACUACAACUGAUAUCACUAAUUCAGAUCCUACCACCACUGAUUUUACCGAUUCAAGUUCUCCUACCAACACCUUUACCACUGAUACUACUGAUUUAGAUCCAAUUACCACUGAUUUCAGUUCUCAUACUGAUCUUCCUAAUUCAGAUCCUACUACAACUGAUAUUACUAAUCCAGAUCCUACUACCACUGAUUUUGCUGAUUCAAGCUCUCCUACUGACACCUCUACCGCUGAUAUCACUAGUUUAGAUCCUGAUUUCAGUUCUCCUACUGAUCUUCCUCAUUCAGAUCCUACUACUGAUAUUAUUAAUUCAGAUCCCACCACCACUGAUUUUACUUAUUCAAGUUCCCCUACCGACACUUCUACCACUGAUACCACUGAUACCAAUGGCACAAACGACACCACUGAUACCAACGGCACAAAAGACACCACCGAUAACAAUGACACCACUGACCUUCCUAAUUCAGAUCCUACUACAACUGAUCUCCCUAAUUCAGAUCCUACUGCAACUGAUUCAA